AGUCAUGGCUGCUUCUAUCUCUUCUUCUAUUGGCUGCAAAUAUGCUGCAACAAUGUUGUGUGAAUGGACAAGCGCAAGUGCCUGGUGUCUUUGUGUUUGGGGGCACUCUAUCUGACCAUGGAAACAACAACAACCUUCGAACAAGCGUAAAAUCCAAUUAUAUGCCCUAUGGCAUCGACUUCUCCCGAGGCUCAACUGGUAGAUUUUCCAAUGGAAAAACGCAAGUUGAUAUCAUUGCUGAAUUUCUGAGAUUAAACACAUCCAUCCCACCCUAUGCAAACACCACUGGCUCAGACAUACUCAAGGGUGUCACCUAUGCAUCUGGAUCAGCUGGGAUUCGCGAUGAGACCGGCAGACAUCUAGGUAACAAUAUCAAUUUCAGAAGGCAGAUCGCAAAUCACAGAUACAUAAUUCUCAGAAUUCUUUCACAAAUUGGAUAUAAUCGAACUCGACAACACCUUAGGCAGUGCUUGUAUUACGUGCAUAUAGGUAACAAUGAUUACAUAUAUAAUUACUAUCUUCCCCAAUUUUACCGAACAAGCCGCUUCUUCAACACUGAACAAUUUGCACAAGAUCUUAUUAACAGAUACUCUCGCUAUAUUCAGGAUCUGCGUAGUCUUGGGGCAAGAAAAUUCGUGUUCAUCUCGCCGGGUCGUAUUGGGUGCACUCCGUAUGCCUUAUCCAUGAAUAGGACAAAUGGAUCUUGUGUUGAAGAGAUGAAUGCUGCAACCUCCAUAUUCACUGGCAAGCUUAGAUCUCUAGUGGACCGACUAAACAACAAUUUUGGUGAUGAUUCUAGAUUCAUGUUUGUAAACAACUCAGCCAGAAACCUUGGAGUCGUUGCUACUGGAGGUUUCACUGUUACGAAUGCUUCUUGCUGCCCAACGGGGACGGAUUUGCUGUGUGAUCCUAAUCAAACACCAUGCCAGAAUAGAAAUCAGUAUGUGUUUUGGGAUAAAUUUGUUUUCACAGAAGCUUUCAACAGAUUCCUCGCACUCCUUGCGUAUAAUGGUUCUAAUCGAGACUUCGUUUACCCAGUCAACAUCAGCACCCUUGUUCAGUCUUGAUGCUUUACUUCAAAAUCCCAUAUCCAUUUACAAAUGAACACUUUUAUACUUUUCUAAUGUUUAAUAAAGUUUAGUCAAUAAGUUCAUGAUGGGCGAACCGUAUGUGAUAUGGGACUUUGUUAUAUUUCUAUUAAAGACAUGAAUAUAUUUUCC